AUGCUGCCCCGGACCUCAUUGCGGCCCAGAGCCUUGCAGCUGGCAUUUUCCCGCUUUAUACGGCCAGUCUCGACGGCCCCACUCAUCCAUAUCCAGGACGGCACUUUUUACAAGCAGUAUCCGACCGCCGAUGACACUUCCAACCUGCCUCUUUACCCGAACUUUUCCUUCACCCUUCCUUCAUACAGCUUCUCCGAGCCAGACAAGCCAUCGGCAUUAGAUCACUGGGCCAUAAUUGGUACCUCUGGCCGUACCGACCUCCUUGAUAUCCUGCGCGGCCAGCACAUUAGCAUCCCGCCCACCGCGCGCUCGUAUCCUUACCUUCUCACCGAUGAAAUCGCCGCCAAAGAUCCUCGCUUGCGCUUUGUGGGCAAUGCGGUCCAGUACAUUGGGUUUAGUGGUGAAGGGUCAGGGAACAUUGGAGGCACCCGGGGCGCAUACCUAAGCGCUCGGUAUGAGAGUCACCGUGAAGAAACAGACUGGACCGUGCAGCAGUUCCUGCGAGGCCAGACCUCCUUGAAUCCGGCGGAGGGGGAAGAAAAAGGGACUGUUCAUGAUGAGGAGCUGUUUGAGCAAGUCAUCUCGGAUUUGCGCCUGGGCCAGUUGUUGGAUAUGCCGGUCGCGAAUCUCAGCAACGGCCAGACCCGCCGGGCGCGGAUCGCCAAGGCAUUGCUGAAGAAGCCGGCGCUGUUACUUUUGGAUGAACCCUUCAUGGGAUUGGACCCGGCGACGGUUCGAAGCAUUUCUGGAUUGCUUCAUCGUCUCGCAGAGAAAUGUGCCCCACGGCUUAUUUUGGCCCUUCGCCCCCAGGACAAGGUACCGGACUGGAUAACACAUUUAAUGAUUUUGGGAAAUUCCCAUCGGGUCGUUCUACAAGGCUCCAAGCCGGAGGUAGAGCAAAACCUCCAGGUCUGGCAGCAUCUCGUCGACCAGAAACCCGUGGAUUCCUUAACUCCUGCGGAACAAAGUGUCUUCCACCAAGGUCAAACUCAUUUGGAAACUGGAAUCCUGGACCAGAAGCUGCUCCUGGAUAUCACACACAUGCAAACCCGGAAACAAGUGAAGGAAAUCGACGCUUACCUCGGCGGAGAACCAGUUAUUGAGAUGGAUGGAGUUUGUGUCCAGUAUGGCGACAAGGCAGUCCUAGGUGAUUGGAAGCAGAAGAUCAAUGGCGAGGAAGUGGAUGGUUUACACUGGAAAGUGCGUCGGGGUCAGCGCUGGGCCAUCCUCGGUGCUAAUGGGUCGGGCAAGACGACCUUGCUGUCUCUAAUCACCUCGGACCACCCGCAGGCUUAUUCGCAACCUAUCAAACUGUUCGGGCACUCUCGUCUGCCCGAGGUUGGCAAGCCUGGAAUUUCAAUCUUUGAACUGCAGUCCCGCCUCGGUCACUCAUCACCGGAGAUCCAUGCAUUCUUCCCCCGCCAACUGACGGUACGCCAGUCGCUCGAGUCAGCCUUUGCAGAAACUUUCCUGUCUAAGCCGAAGUUGGACUACGAGCGGGAUAUAUACGUGUCUGCGAUACUGCGUGAAUUCAGGGCCGAGCUUGACCCGAAUGCGCCUGCGACCCCGCAAGAACCGCAACAGGUCACUGUGGACCCCAAGCUCUUCCCGAAGGUUGGAACGGUAUCUCCUAUUCCAUCUUUCGUGCCGACCGACUAUGAUGUCGACUAUGCCGACCACCUACGAUUCGGGGAGCUCAGCGUUGCGCAGCAGCGCAUUGUACUGUUCCUGCGUGCUCUCGUCCACCGGCCGGACAUCGUCAUCCUCGACGAGGCUUUAUCCGGGCUCUCGGCGUCCCAACGAGACAAGUGUCUAUCUUUCCUCGAGCUCGGCGAGAAGCUCCCCCGCCGAAAGCAACUUUAUCCAGGUCUUUCCAAAGACCAAGCACUGAUCAUGAUCAGUCAUGUCAAGGAGGAGAUCCCCGACGGCGUUCGCUUCUAUAUGCGGCUGCCAUCAGACCCUGGUGACGGCUCCGAGCCCCUGGAUUUCCGGAUGGGCCCACUUAAGAACACCAGCAUGCUAAGCCAUCCCGCAACUUGGGAAUCGGUGUGGUCUCCCCCCUCGCAGUUCCUGCGGCAAAACCGUCGUACGUUCCGACGCAAUCCGGAGUCCAUCACAACCGACGACAUGAAUGUCUACGAGUGGUACUCGGUGUGA